AUGUCAGAGAAAAAGUCUUUCGAUGUAGAGCAGCGGCCUAUGGGGGUCGACAUUGACGAUGGAGUGCUCAGCGACAAAGUCGAGCAUACUGGUGCUGUCCAUCUUGCCGAAGCAGCUGAGCUCUAUGGCGAUCCACAAGCGGCUGAAUCCUACCGCUAUGUUGCCCGAGGUCUCAAAGCCCGACACAUCCAAUUCAUGGGCCUCGGCGGGUCGAUUGGGACGGCGUUAUUUCUGGGAAUUGGAAGAGCGUUGGCCGCCGCCGGCCCGCUCAGCAUCUUUCUAGGAUUCACCAUCUCCGGUAUGGCGAUAUUUGGAAUGAUGCAAUGCCUGGGCGAGAUGACCACAUGGCUACCGAUGCCCGCGGCUCUUCCUAGCUUCGCCUCCCGCUAUGUGGACAAAUCUCUGGGCUUUGCCGUCGGAUGGAAUGGUUGGUACAGCUAUACCAUUACGAUAUGCAUUGAAAUCUCGGCCGCUGCUGUCAUCAUAGGUUAUUGGAACACGACCAUCAACGUCGCUGUGUGGAUCAGCAUCAUCAUCGUGCUCCUGGUGUUCCUGAAUCUCUUCGCAGUCUCCAUCUAUGGCGAAGCGGAGUUCUGGUUCGCCAGCUUAAAGAUCAUCACAAUUGUCGGGCUCCUCAUUCUGGCCCUGGUCCUCGAUCUAGGCGGCGGUCCAAAUCAUGAUCGUAUCGGAUUUCGGUAUUGGAAAAACCCCGGGGCCAUGAAUACCUUUGUGGCAGGAGGAUCGGAGGGACGAUUCCUGGGGUUCUUCUUCAGUCUCGUUAUGGGCGCUUUGUCCUACGGAGGCGUCGAAUCCGUCAUCAUUGCCGCCGGCGAAGCCGAAAAUCCAAGGAGGAAUCUCCCGAAAGCCAUUCGCCGAGUGUUCUGGCGACUGCUCUUGUUCUAUGUUCUUGGAUCGCUCGCCGUUGGAGUCCUGGUCCCUUACAAUGAUCCUGACCUGUUGACAGCGUUGGCGACUGGCGCCCCGGGCGCCGCCAGUUCUCCCUGGGUGAUCGCGAUCAAACGUGCCGGCAUUCCAGCACUCCCAUCUAUCAUCAAUGUGGUAAUUCUGAGCUCUGCGACCUCUGCGGCCAAUGCAUGUUUGUACAACGGCAGUCGCUACUUGAUGGCCAUGGCCCAGCUUGGCCUCGCACCCAGGUUUUUCCUUCGUUGCUCCAAAAGAGGAAUUCCUUAUUACGGCGUGGGGUUUACAGCACUGCUGACUGGCUUGACCUAUCUCAGCUGUUCGGCCGGACCGGUCAAGGUCUUCAUCUGGCUAGGCAACAUUUCAGCCCUGGUUUCCAUGUUCUCUUGGCUGACAAUCUGCAUCACAUACGUGCGCUUUUAUGCCGCUCUGAAGAAGCAAGGCGUGAAUCGAGACGACUUGCCUUUCAAGUCGCCAUUCCAACCUUACCUUGCCUGGGCGACCAUGGUGUUCUUGGCCGUCCUCAUGUUGUUCAACGGGUUUUAUGCCUUUACUCCAUGGGACACCGACACCUUCAUUUCCACGUACAUCACCGUCCCUGUCUUUUUCGGACUUUUCAUCUUCUGGAAAGUAUUCAAGAAGACCAAGUUCGUCGACCCGGCGGAAGCGGAUCUUUGGACUGGGAAAGCAUCUAUUGAUGCAGAGGUCUGGCAGGAGCCGGUAGCCAAGAAUUUCCUCCAAAAGGCGAGUUCCUAA